AUGGCUCCUCCAAAUGAUCCUGCUAAUUCACUCCCCAAAGUCCUUAAAUCAGAGAGUUUAGACAAAAACUUUGAUUUGUCAAAUGGAAAAUUUAGUGUUGCAGGCUUCCCAUUACUCUCUGAUGUUCCAAGCAAUGUCGUUUUUUCUCCAUUUUCUUCUAUCUGUAACUCCUCUGAAUCUGAUGCUCCACUUCCCCUGCUCCAGCGAGUCCUUUCUCUGUCUAACAGAGGAGGUUUCCUUGGAUUCCACAAAGAUUCACCUUCAGAUAGAUUAAUGAACUCCCUAGGAAAAUUUUCUCAUAGGGAUUUUUUAUCCGUUUUUAGAUUCAAAACAUGGUGGUCUACUAUGUGGGUUGGAGAUUCAGGGUCUGAUUUGCAAAUGGAAACCCAAUGGGUUCUCCUUAAUGUCCCUGAAAUAAAAUCUUAUGUCAUCAUAAUUCCUACUAUUGAAGGGAAUUUUAGGUCUGCUCUUCAUCCUGGCAAUGAUGGCCAUGUGAUGAUUUGUGCUGAAAGUGGCUCUACAAGAGUAAAGGCGUCAUCUUUUAAUGCUAUUGCAUAUGUUCAUGUGUCUGAAAAUCCAUAUAAUAUUAUGAAAGAGGCUUAUAGUGCUUUAAGGGUCCAUCUUAACACUUUUAGGCUUUUGGAAGAGAAAUCUGUUCCUUCUUUGAUAGAUAAAUUUGGGUGGUGCACUUGGGAUGCAUUUUAUUUAACUGUAGAGCCUUCUGGUAUAUGGUAUGGUGUGAAUGAUUUUGUUGAAGGUGGUGUUUCACCGAGAUUUGUUAUCAUUGAUGAUGGCUGGCAAAGUAUCAAUUAUGAUAGUGAAAAACCUAACCAAGACACUAAAAACCUUGUUCUUGGUGGUACCCAAAUGACAGCGAGGCUUCAUAGGCUUGAUGAAUCUGAGAAAUUUAGGAAAUACAAAGAAGGAUCUAUGUUAGGUCCCAAUCCUCCUAAAUUUGACCCAAAGAAGCCUAAGAUGUUAAUUUCUAAGGCAACUGAACUUGAGCAUGCAGAGAAGGAACUUGAUAAGGCAAAACAGUCUGGUGUUACUGAUUUAUCAAUUUUUGAAAGUAAAAUUCAGAAGUUGAAGAAAGAAUUGGAUGCGAUAUUUGGGGAAGAAGAAAAGUUUUAUUCUAGUGAAGGAUGUGGAAGUUGUUCAUGCAAGAGGGACAACUAUGGAAUGAAGGCAUUAACAAGGGAUUUGAGAACAAAAUUUAAGGGUUUGGAUGAUAUAUAUGUGUGGCAUGCUAUUUUUGGUGCUUGGGGUGGAGUUAGGCCAGGAACUACUCAUUUGAAUUCAAAAAUUGUUCCUUGUAAAUUGUCUCCUGGUCUUGAUGGGACAAUGGAAGAUCUUGCAGUGGUCAAAAUUGUUGAAGGUGGAAUUGGACUUGUUGAUCCUAAUCGAGCUGGAGAUUUCUACGACUCUAUGCAUUCUUAUCUUUCAAAUGUUGGUAUUACAGGUGUCAAGGUUGAUGUCAUUCAUUCACUUGAAUAUGUGUCUGAAGAUUAUGGAGGUCGUGUUGAGCUUGCAAAGACUUACUAUAAGGGGCUAUCAGAUUCAGUUUCAAAGAAUUUCAAAGGAACUGGACUUAUCUCUAGUAUGCAACAAUGCAAUGAUUUCUUCUUCCUCGGGACAAAGCAGAUAUCCAUGGGAAGAGUAGGCGAUGACUUUUGGUUCCAGGAUCCAAAUGGUGAUCCAAUGGGAGUUUAUUGGUUACAAGGAGUUCAUAUGAUCCACUGUGCCUAUAACAGCAUGUGGAUGGGACAGAUCAUACAACCUGAUUGGGAUAUGUUCCAAUCAGACCACCUAUGUGCCAAGUUCCAUGCUGGAUCAAGGGCCAUUUGUGGCGGACCUAUUUAUGUUAGUGACUCUGUUGAUGGUCAUGAUUUUGACCUCCUCAAGAAACUUGUGUAUCCUGAUGGUACCAUUCCUAAGUGCCAGCACUUUGCCCUCCCCACUAGAGAUUGUCUGUUCAAGAACCCUCUUUUUGACAAGAAAACUAUUCUCAAGAUUUGGAACUUCAACAAGUAUGGAGGUGUGAUUGGAGCUUUCAACUGCCAAGGAGCAGGAUGGGACCCAAAGGAGCAAAGGAUCAAAGGCCACUCUGACUGCUACAAGCCAAUGUCUGGUUCUGUUCAUGUAACUGACAUCGAAUGGGACCAGAAACUAGAGGCUGCCCAAAUGGGUAAGGCAGAGGAGUAUAUUGUCUAUCUCGGCCAAGCACAGGAACUGCUGUUUAUGACUCCAAAUUCUGAUGCAAUCCAAGUCACUCUCAAACCAUCUACAUUUGAGCUCUUCAGCUUUGUGCCUAUCAAGAAAUUAGGACCCACCAUCAAAUUUGCUCCAAUUGGCCUGACUAACAUGUUCAAUAUGGGCGGCACAAUUCAAGAACUUGAGUAUUUUGUUUCUGAAUCUGAAAUUGGUGUCAAGAUUGAAGUUAAAGGUGAAGGAAAAUUCAUGGCCUACUCAAAUGUGUCUCCAAAGAAAUGUUUCUUGAACGGUGGUGAAGUGGGUUUCGAUUGGUUGGCUGACGGCAAACUCUGCUUAGAUCUUCCUUGGAAUGAAGAGGCUGGUGGUGUAUCUAAUGUGGCUGUCAUGUAUUGAUUGAUCAAAGUGAAGUCAAAGUGUCUUAUUGUUUUUGUUUGAAGUAUUGUCUGAAUAAGAAGUCUUUUAAUUAUUUCUUAAAAGCAAACAUGUGUAUUUCUGAGAUUGUUAAUUUAAAAUGUGUCAAGAUUUGGUUAGUUUUUUGGUUCAAAAGUGGACAAAAGGAUUUGGAUCCAAAACACAGACCGCUCGAAGUUUCUUUCGUAA